AUGUCCGGAUUUUUUUUGAACGUUUGCCAACUUGGUUUUUUUACCUACCUUGUGCUUUUUUCUUACAUUUCUGUAACCACUUCAGUGAGUUUUGAUUUAACCGAACUUGGAAAUAAAGUUGCGAAAAUUAAAGUUAAUCAAAGAGGGAAUCUUUGGGCGACAGGUCAUUUUAUGGGCAAGAAGAGUGUCAUGGAUAGCCCUCUGCUCCAGUCUCCCGAUGGGCAGUCUGUGGAUGCGUUCGAGGUCGCCUUGAGUCCGGAGCAGAACGGGAUGGGUAAUCUCUUCCAAGAUGUGCUGAGGGUCGCGUUGCAAGCCCAACUCAGAGAUGACACAGAGAACCGCUCUAAAAACCAGGAGACUGGAUUGUUGAUGAAGAUAUUAGAGAGCUACAUUGAAAACAACAGAAAGUGAUGCAGAGGUCUAUCAUAAUGUUCCUUAUAACCAAGAUGAAG